UCUCCCACCAAAGCGAUAUUAACAAGAUGACGACCGACAGUGACGGCUCCUUCAAGCGUAAGGACUCAUCCUUCCGUAGCUUCAUUCAGAAGGGAGGCAAAUUCGAGCCCGAGCAAGGCCGAUACCAUCUCUACGUCUCGUACGCAUGCCCAUGGGCGACGCGCACUCUGAUCAUGCGCCAGCUGAAAGGCCUUGAGGAUUUCAUCGACGUCAGCGUCGUCUCACCGCAUAUGGGCUCCGACGGCUGGCCCUUCGCCACCGCAGAUGCCUUCCCGGGCGCAACCCCCGACCCGAUCCACAAUUCCGCACACGUCAAGGACCUCUAUCUCCGCGCGGAUCCCGCAUAUGACGGCCGCUUCACCGUUCCUGUGCUCUGGGACAAGAAGACGGACACGAUCGUAAACAACGAGAGCAGUGAGAUCAUCAGGAUCUUUAACAGCGCGUUCAACGAGUUGCUGCCGGUGGAGAAGGCGAAGUUGGAUUUCUAUCCGGAGGAGCUGAAGGCCCAGAUUGACGAGGUGAAUGCGUGGGUAUAUGAUACCGUUAACAACGGCGUGUACAAGUCUGGGUUCGCGCGUACGCAGGCCGCGUAUGAAGCUGCCGUCUUCCCUCUCUUCGAGUCGCUCGACCGGCUCGAGAAGAUGCUCACCGGUAAAGACUAUCUCAUCGGCGAUCGUCUCACCGAGGCCGACAUUCGCCUCUUCCCCACCAUCGUCCGCUUCGACCCGGUCUACGUCGGUCACUUCAAAUGCAACCUCCGCACGAUCCGCGACGGCUAUCCCGCGCUCCACCGCUGGCUCCGCAGGCUGUAUUGGACGGUCCCCGCGUUCAAGGACACGUGCAACUUUGAGCACAUCAAGACGCAUUAUUAUUGGUCGCACCCCAUGAUUAACCCGACGAGGAUCGUUCCUGCCGGUCCGGUGCCAAACAUUCUCCCGCUUGAGGGGAAGGCGUAGAUAUUCUGUUUUGCGGUUCGAUGUCGCAUCCUGCGAGCAGUCGGGGUUUGUAAAAAUAACCGCCCGUUUCCCAGUGUUUAUGUUUUAGUCACCAUAUCCCAAGAUGCUUCCACCAGCUGUGAUCAUGCAUCCAGUCACCACAUGCAUCACUAUAUAGAUAACCCACAACCAACAUUUGCAUCCACGGCCAUAGGACUCUGAAAG